CGGCGACCGAGUAUUUGGUCGAGCGGCGGGGAUUGAUUUCGAUCUGAAAGAAUGUUUCGGAGGAACAGGUUCUUGUCUCUUCCGAUGGUUGUCGGAGCUGUUGUGAUCGGUGUGGUUUCAGGUAAAGCGAUUUUUGGGCCACCACUUGAUCAGUAUUGGCAGAAGAAGCUUGAAGGAGAAGCUGCUGCAAAGGAAGCUAUUGAAAAGACCUCAGAUUAAGCCUUUUAAGUGGAGAAUCAUCCCUGGAGAUUUUGGGUUUAUGACACCAGAGAGUUAUGUAAAUCACAGACCAUAAACCUAAAGAGCUUCGAAGCAUUCUUUAGUGUAGGAUGCGAUACUAAAAGCCCAGAAAGUGUAAUAAUGUUUGUAAGUGCCUUGCGUAUUACGUUUUUGCAAAAUUUGAAGGAGAAUGAUAAACCCCUAAAAGCGUUAAAUUUCCUUUUCACUUCUUCUUACUUGGAGUUAGUCAAAAACCCUUUUGACCCAUUGA